AAACCACUGACAAACGCUAAGGCAUUGUUUUGUAGAUCUGGUCGCAGUGUAAGAUCACCUCUGUGCCCUGCUAGCUCAACUCCUCUUCUCUAUCUGCACCGUGUUGUCCGGUCGGUUGAAGGGCUUUAGUGCAGGAACAAUGGCAGCCAUGCUCCUCCGAUCACUCAUAACCAAAAAGGCCCCCGUGCAGCUGGGUCGCAUGUGUUACUCCUCCUCCGUGCCCACCACCAAGCUGUUCAUUGAUGGCAAAUUUGUCGAGUCCAACACGUCUGAAUGGCUUGACAUUCACAACCCUGCCACUAAUGAGGUAGUGGGACGUGUUCCUAAAGCUACUCAGGAGGAGAUGCUGGCUGCUGCAGACUCCUGCUCUAGAGCCUUCAAGUCGUGGUCCGAGACUUCCAUCCUCAGCAGGCAGCAGGUCUUCCUGCGCUACCAGCAGCUCAUCAAGGACAACAUUAAAGAACUGGCUAAAAUGAUCACCCUGGAGCAGGGCAAAACCCUGGCUGAUGCAGAGGGAGAUGUUUUCAGAGGACUGCAGGUGGUGGAGCACGCCUGCGGCAUCACGUCUCUCAUGUUGGGGGAAACUUUACCCUCCAUCACUAAGGAUAUGGACACUUACACACACCGCCUGCCCCUCGGAGUGUGCGCUGGCAUUGCUCCCUUCAACUUUCCUGCUAUGAUUCCACUGUGGAUGUUUCCAAUCGGUAUGGCGUGUGGCAACACCUACCUGAUGAAGCCCUCUGAGAGAGUACCAGGCUGCACCAUGCUCUUGGCCAAAAUGCUUCAGGAUGCUGGGGCCCCAGAUGGUACACUGAACAUCAUUCACGGCCAGCACGCAGCGGUGAACUUCAUCUGUGACCAUCCGGCCAUCAAAGCCAUCAGCUUCGUAGGGUCCAACCAGGCAGGGGAGUACAUUUACGAGCGCGGCUCCAAGAACGGCAAGAGAGUCCAGUCUAACAUGGGUGCCAAGAAUCAUGGUGUAGUGAUGCCCGAUGCCAACAAAGAGAACACCAUCAACCAGCUGGUGGGUGCUGCCUUUGGUGCAGCUGGUCAGCGCUGUAUGGCUCUUUCCACUGCUAUUUUCGUGGGGGAGUCCCGUGAGUGGCUGCCAGAGCUGGUGGAACGCUCCAAAUCACUACGUGUAAAUGCAGGUGAUCAGCCGGGGGCAGACGUGGGUCCCCUGAUCUCGCCUGAGGCCAGGAAAAGGGUGGAGUCUUUGGUCCAGAGCGGUGUGGACGAGGGUGCACAAAUGCUGCUGGAUGGAAGAAGUGUUAAGGUCAAGGGAUAUGAGAACGGAAAUUUUGUUGGACCCACCAUUCUGAGCAAAGUUACGCCACAAAUGACCUGCUACAGAGAGGAGAUCUUUGGACCGGUGCUGGUGGUUCUGGAGGCUGAGAAUCUGGAUGAAGCCAUUUCGCUAAUCAACAAAAACCCCUACGGAAACGGAACGGCAAUCUUCACCACUAAUGGAGCCACAGCUCGCAAGUUCACGAACGAAGUAGACGUAGGCCAGAUCGGUAUAAAUGUUCCCAUUCCUGUGCCGCUUCCUAUGUUCUCCUUUACUGGCUCCAGAGGUUCUUUCAGAGGCGACACUAACUUCUAUGGCAAACAAGGCAUCCAGUUUUAUACCCAGAUCAAAACGGUGACAUCACAGUGGAAGGCUGAGGACGCAACUGUGUCCAGCCCAGCUGUUACCAUGCCAACAAUGGGACGCUAAUCUCCAUCACAUCUUUAAUGACAUUCUCUGACGUCUUUAUGCCUUAAAUCUAAAGGAUGACAAGAAAUAAAAUCCUCAUCAGAGUAGAUUAGUAUAUAUUCUGGGAUUAUUAGUUGGUGAUUGUUUGAACUGCACAAAACACAUUAAUACAAAAGACGAUGCAUUUGAAGAAUGGAACUGAGCUGAUGCAAUGAAUGAAGCUGUGAGUUUUUUUUAUAUAUAUAGAUUUUCAUACCUUGUAUUGACCCAGUGGUCUAUAACACUACAUGGUCAGUGACUUUAUUGAUCCUUUCCGUGUUCAAAUGCUACUUUUGUAAGAAAUCGAAAGGAUCAGUGAUCCUGCUGUAGAGCAUUGACAUGUCGUCCACUGGAGUCCUCUGUGGUUCCCUCACUUGUGUGUAUUGGACCAGUGGGUCAAUAUGUGGUGAAGUAGAAAUAAGUGAAAUAAAUAGACUCGCUCAUUCUGUGUAAUUCAGAUAAACUGAUGGCAGUUGUUCAUGAUUGUUUCUUUCUGUCCAAGGGUGGAAUUCAUGUGUGUCUUCCGUGUCACAUAGAGAGGCACAGUGUUAUUGUGCCCAUUAAUUUUAGAAAUAUAAAAUUACAGUCCUUUUAUGUCAUACAUUUCAACAGCGUUCUAUCUCAGGAUGAGGUUCUGGAGUGAUGCAGUAAAUGAUUUGCUUAUCCAAAAUAUGAGGUGCUUCAAGUGAAGUCCUCUGUAAUUUCUUGAAAUGAAGAGAUGGCAAAAAAAAAAAAAAAGAGUUUCUGUAGCUGACAGUUUGAAUAAAGGCACUGUAAUUGACUCUA